GGCAAUUUGAGGCGCGUGUUUCCCGGGUUGCGCAACAAGGAAGAAAGUUUCAACUUCUCAUCUUAACAAGUUGCAAAUAGUCAUGGAUGAAGACCAAGUUAUCGUUAUCGAUGAACAAGAUAGGCCGUUUGAGGAAGAACUUAUUCGUAAUCCACACAAUGUUAAAUCGUGGCUUAGAUACAUUAGUAUGAAAGCGAAGUCACCCCCAAAAGUGGUUUAUAUGUUAUAUGAACGAGCUGUAAAACAAUUGCCCGGGAGUUAUAAAUUAUGGUACCGUUAUCUACGUCUACGGCGUGUGCAUUCACGUUCUCUUUGUCCUGGUAGUAUUCUGCAUGAAGAAACUAAUAAUGCCCAUGAAAGAGCUCUUGUUACAAUGCACAAGAUGCCUCGUAUAUGGAUAGAUUAUUUAAUGUUCCUAAUGUCACAAGGAUUGAUUACUCGAACAAGACAUGCUUUUGACAGGGCAUUGAAAGCUUUACCAAUCACCCAACAUGAUAGGAUAUGGAAUUUGUAUUUAAGAUUUGCUGAUAGACACGGUCAUAAAAUUAACGAGACCUGUGUACGAAUCUACAGACGAUAUGUAAAGUUUGCUCCAGAUGAUAUGGAACGUUUUGUCAAUUUUCUUAUUCAACAUGGAAAUGCCAAUGAAGCCGCAGUUGUCUUAUCUGAAAUAAUCAAUGAUGAUAGUUUUAUGAGUCGUGAAGGAAAAUCGAAAUUCCAAUUGUGGAACCAAUUAUGCAAUCUUUUGGUUAAAAAUCCUUUGAAGAUUACGUCGCUGAAAGCAGAUCCUAUUAUUCGUCAAGGAAUUCAUCGUUAUACUGACCAGGUUGGUGUUCUAUGGAAUUCUUUAGCUGACUAUCAUAUACGUUGUGAAAAUCUUGCACGGGCCAGAGAUGUUUAUGCAGAAGCAUUGAGUAGCGUCUCAACAGUUCGUGAUUUCACUCAAGUUUUUGAUGCCUAUGCUGAAUUUGAAGAAUCAAUGGCAAAGGCAAAGAUGGCUGCUUUGGAACAAUCUGAUGUUACAGAAGAUGAUGAGUUGGAUGUCGAAUUGUAUCUAGCACGUCUUGAAUCUCUCAUGGAUCGUCGUCCUUUACUCUUAAAUAGUGUGUUAUUACGUCAAAAUCCUCAUAACGUAGCGGAUUGGUUGAAACGUGUUGAAUUAUUGAAAAGUCAAGGAGCACGUGAACAGAUUGCAGCAUUCAUGGAGGGUAUUACAUCGGUUGAUCCAGCUAAGGCAACAGCAGGUCGUCCAUCAUCAUUAUGGACUGGUCUGUCACGUUUAUAUGAAGAACAUGGUCAGUUGAAUGAUGCACGAGUAGUACUUGAAAAAGCAACUGGUGUUGCUUUUAUGCAUGUUGAAGAUUUAGCAGCUGUAUGGUGUGAAUGGGCUGAAAUGGAAAUGCGUCAUGAUCAACCUGAAGCAGCACUUCGUUUGUUAGGGAAAGCUACUACUGCACCAUCACGUAAAGUCGAUUAUUAUGAUCGUUCAGAACCUGUUCAAGCACGACUCCAUAAAUCUUUACGUCUUUGGUCGUUGUAUACGGAUUUAGAAGAAAGUUUUGGUACAUUUGAAACAACAAAGGCUGCUUAUGAUCGAAUGAUUGAUCUACGUAUAGCAACUCCUCAAAUUAUUAUGAAUUAUGCAUUAUUCCUGGAAGAAUUAAAUUAUUUUGAAGAUGCUUUUAAAGCAUAUGAAAAAGGUGUUGCAUUAUUUCGUUGGCCAAAUGUUUACGAUAUAUGGGCUACUUAUUUGUCCAAGUUUAUUGAACGUUACGGUGGAAAUAAAUUGGAACGUGCUCGUGAUUUAUUUGAACAAUGUUUAGAGAAAUGUCCACCGAAAUAUGCUAAAGCGUUACAUUUAUUGUAUGCUCGACUUGAAGAACAACAUGGACUUGCACGUCGUGCUAUUCGUAUUUAUGAACGAGCUACAGAAGCUGUUCUUCCAGAAGAAAGAUUUGAGAUGUUCAAUAUCUAUAUUCAACGUAUUGCCGAUCUUCAUGGUGUUACGCAUACACGUUCAGCGUAUGAACAAGCAAUAGAACGUUUACCUGAAGAACAUUCGCGUAAAAUGUGUUUAAGAUUUGCUGAUCUUGAAAGAAAAUUAGGUGAAAUCGAUCGAGCACGAGCUGUUUAUGCUUAUUGUGCACAAAUGUGUGAUCCUCGAACUGAAACACAAUUUUGGCAAAUAUGGAAAGAAUUUGAAGUAACACAUGGUAAUGAAGAUACUCUACGUGAAAUGUUACGAAUUCGACGUAGUGUACAAGCAACUUAUAAUACACGUGUUAGUUUUGUUGCAAGUCAAUUACAAUUGAAUGAAGAAAAUCCAAUAACAAAUGCACCAAAAGAUGAAAUGCAAAAAUUAGAUAAAUCACAAACAGAAAUUAAUAUUAUAAGUACCAAAAGUAGUUUAACUUGUGGUCGUCCUAUGGUACAAUUUCAAUCAGCUGGUAUAAAACAAUUAGGUUUAAUGAAUGAAAAAGAUGAUAAACAACAAAAAGCUAGUGCUAACAUUGAAGAGAUUGAUAUCAAUGUUGAUGAAGGAGAAGAGGAGGAGGAGGAGACCGAUGAUGAUUCAAUGGGAGAACAAGAAUUAAAAGAAACAAUAAAUGAAGAUAAUAUUGAAUGUAAAGUAUCUAAUAAACGACGAAGAAAAGCUCAUCCAGAUGGUAAGCUCGUUAUUUAAAUCAAUUGUUGAAUAAAUGAAUUUUAGAUAUUUGUGGUAAUUUAUUAGAAGUAAUUGCAAAGAAAUCAUUGAUCUCAUGUUAGUUGACACUCCUCAUUAACGUGUAUAUAUAUAUAUUCGGAAUCUCGGUAGAAUUCAUGCUCUAACCGGAAGAUUCCACGUCUUAUUUCACUCAUUAUCUUUUAGACAAAGGAACUGAUUACCGAUGGACGGAAUUUCAUGCAUGAACUGUGUUGUUCAUUUAUAUCUGAAUUGAAGAUUUCAUGUCGACUGGUCCCAACUGCUUAUUUAUUUCUCCAUUACAAUAAUAGUAAUUAAUGAAAGAGACGGUUGGAUGAAAGUUAGGGGUGGUCAAACCAAAACGUGGCAUCAGUCAUUGAAGUCACUAAAUUCUAGUCUGAACCAUGUUGGGAGAUGCAGACUACUUGGUUGGGGUCCGCGUGACAUGGGAUUAAAAUUGUUUUAUAUCUUUCUUUCUACCAACUAAUUCUUUCUUCCUGUAUUAUAUGCUUAUAUGCGAUCUUUCUUUUGUAUAUUACCACCAUUGACUUAACUAAUCCUAUGAAUCCGGUGUUCAUCUUGUUGUGCUAGCUAAUGAGGUAUGACAACUUGGAUCGAUGCAAAGAUGUGCCUGGUCCUACGUUGUAACUGACUCAAUGAAUUAAUGAAUAGAUUUUUAUGUUUAUUUACCACUAAAUAUUUGCCACGUUUGAAACGAUUACAAGUUCGCCUAGUCUGAGAACAGAAAAAAGUCUCUGUGACUAAUGACCAAGAAGCUACCUAUUCUGAUGCGUCUCAGCCCCGCUAAAUAGAGAGUAAAGUCUAAGUUCGAAAUGCGGAAAUAUAUUCCGCAAGUAGCCAGAAGCACAAAUCAAAUGUAGACAUAUACAGCAUAAAAUUGUCCCUCGGAUGUGUUAUAAAAUCACAUACUAAAAGAUACAACAAACCAAUAGCAUUUAAGAUCCUCCCAAGUAAGUAAUACAACGAGAAGGUGAAAAUAAGCGUUUUUUUGGCAUGAAAACAAGGGAAUUCAAAUGUUUAAAAUGAAAUAACAAAAAUAAAAUAGUUGCCAAGUGAGUUCUCCAGGGGAUCUAACAUUCUCAACAAUAUUCAAACAAAAUUAUCAUGUUGUUGUUAUAUUCAUUCAUUCAUGGCUCAAAAUCGAUUGCAAUGGCGCAGGUGCAUACACUCUUUGUGUUCUCACAAAUUUUAAUCUAAUGAUUCCUCCUUGUCUCUUUUCUCUUCGCAAAUUUAUUUCACUGUAUUAUACUCUUUAAAUAACAUCUCCAAACCCUAAUCUUCCUGUACUACCUCUACCACUACAGGAUUUUAAUUGACCACUGCAUCUCUGUGCUAAUGUGGUAUGGCAACUCGGACUGAUGUACGUACAUACGGAGUUCUACGUUGUUAAUGACUGACUGAAUGUUAUAUUCAUUAUCAAAAAAAGAAAAAGAUUUACUAUUUAUUUAUUUAUCAUACUAUACAUUUAGAUAUUGAUAUUGAAAAUCAACC